UUUCGUCAUGAGCACUUCUAACCCUUCUAAAGAUCCAUUUUCAGCCGAAACCACGCCUAUAUGUCGAAUGUGCCUAUCGACGGAUGGCGCUUUGGAGCCCAUAACUUCCGAUGAACGAGGCGCAUAUCUUUUGCAACAAAUAUUCGCCAGUACGCAGGUUGAGAUGAAACUAUUGCCCGAAUUUCCAUCGUAUUUGUGUUCGGCCUGCGAAUCACUUUUGGAUUCUUUGGAUAAAUUUCGCUGCCUAUGCGUCCUGAAGAAUGAAAAAGUCGAACGAUUUCGCGAAGUAUUGGACACAACCCAUUUGACCGUUGCCGAGCAAACUGCGAAACAUCCGAACAUAUACCAAACUGAUGGCGUUGAAUCGGUGUGGAUCAAAAGUGAGGUGUUCGCAGAAGAUUCUGAAGAGGAUUAUCAGUCGAGUGAAACGCUUUCUAAUAUAGAAGAUACAAGCAACAUAUGCGAUUAUUAUAAUCGUGACGAUUUGUUUGAGGCGGAGGAAGUAUCACUGGACACCCUUUUGAAACGAGAAUCAAUGGACGAGCAACAAGUACAAUCAUCGGAAACGGAACAUAAGCAUAACAUUCUCCAAAUGGAUCCUUUCAACUUCAACUGUAAAAUUCAAGGGGAAGCUUGUAUGGCUGGGAAGGCCAUUACGUAUCAUAACGACUCUGUAUCAAUUAAGGAUCAAAACCACACGUCCAUCGGGGUGUCCAAUUCUUGUAUCACGCAUGGCGCCGAAGGCUCUACAUUGAGUCAAAUGAAUGCUAGUGCUGAGGAGGAUUCCGAAUAUGCUUGUCGUCCAUCUGUCUCGACGGUUGACGAGCAGCAACUGCUGCCGUCGAAUGAACACCGAAGUCCCCAACAAGAUAUCACCGUAGCAGAGUCUCCAGAGUCGCCAGAGCAUGACUCAAAAAUUAAAACUGAUGCUCACAGAACCAAGCAAAACCACCAUCAGUGUCCGCACUGUCCGCGAACGUUCGCGUUUGCAGGUUUUCUAAAGAAUCACAUUCACUGGCACUCCGGUGAGGAGCCAUUCCAGUGUGAGGUCUGUGGCGCAACGUUUCACUCGAAAAGAAUGUUGAAGAGCCACGCUGAAAUUCAUAACAAGGACCAAGAACAUAAAUGUCCUUGUUGUCCACAAAAGUUCCCAGAGCAUACUCAACUAGAGAAUCACAUUAAGACACACACCGGUGAGAAGCCCUUCGAGUGUAAUGUCUGUGGCAAAGCGUUCCAUGACAAAAGCAUUCUGGUACAGCACACUAGAAUUCACAAGAAAGAAUCAACAACAUCAGAAUCAGUGUCUACAAAAGUCCAUCAAUGUCCUCAGUGUCCUAAAAAGUUCCCGACGUCAUUUGUACUAAAGAUUCACAUAAGGACGCACACCGGCGAAAAGCCAUUCCAGUGUAACGACUGUGACUUCGAGGACCUUUAA